AUGUCCGAUAUUCAGAACCGAUCCUCCGCCUCGCGGGGUAGAGUAUCCGCCCGUGGUGGCCGUGGCGGUUUCAGCUCCAGAGGUGGUCGUGGUGGAAACAGAUCUGCAAAUGACAACUCAGACAUCUCAUCCUUUGAGGAGGGUGAAAUUGGACAGAUGAAGAAGAAGUACUCCGACACUCUCCCAACCCUUAAGGAAAUGUUCCCAGACUGGAAGGACGAAGAUCUGGUGUUCGCACUGGAAGACUCGAACGGCGAGCUCUUGGAGGCAAUUGAGCGCAUCAGUGAAGGUAAUGUAUCUCAGUGGGGUGAGGUCAAGAAGAAGACCACAGACCGGACUCGCCCUAAGCCCAAGGAGGCCCCGAGUGCCUCGACCGAGACAACCGCAGCUUCCGCUCGUGGAACCCGUGGUCGCGGUGGAAUAGAGGGUCGUGGACGUGUUCGCGCAGACCGGGGCCGUGGUGGCCGCGGAGGUCGUGCAGGAGCCACUACAAAUGGAACUCGCGUAGUUUCCACUGCUGUAGAGACUCCAGCGCCUACUGCUAUUCCUACUGUCACAUCGGAGUGGGCUGCGCCCAAGGCAGAGGAGACCGUUGCAGAGCCUUCAGCCGAGGGCGAAUCAGAGUCGACCGAGGCUAAGAGCAGUGUGAUUCCUGAGGGCACAAAGAAGGGGUGGGCGAGUCUUUUCGCCAAACCACCCGCUCCUCCGGUGCAAAAGAAGCCUCAACCCGCUCCUCCUGUUCCCGCUGUCGAGAAGCCCGCUGAACCUAAGACACCCAUCGCCAAGCCUACCCACCCCGUGAUCCCUGCCAUUCCGACCGCCACCGCUGUUAACCCUCCCAAGGGCGAUUUGACCGAGACGAACCUCGAACAAAUUCCCGAUGUAUCCGCUCCCGCUCCCACCGCCACCGCCGCAAGCACCAUUGGAAGUGGUGUCGACCCCGCGGCCGCAGCUGCUGCUGCUACUACUCCCUCCCGCUUCCCUUCGUCUGCCUACCCUCCCAGCGCUACCAAGCAGGGCCGUACCCCAGGUCUUCAACGCCGUGUUAUGGAACAGCAGCAGGCCGUGGUCAUGCCCGGCAACCACGCAGUGGACCGUGCUGCGGUUCAAUUCGGCAGCAUGGGACUGAACGGUGAUGCUAUUGAUAUUGAUGAGAACCGCGAGGAGGCCGAGACCCGCGCUCAGCCCCCGCAGCACUCCCCUGUUGCUCCCCGUGCCUCUCUUCCACCCGCGACCCAGACACCCCACUCGAUGGAGACUGGUGCCGCUGGACGUCCUGCUCCUGGUUUGCCUCCGGUCCCCCAGGGCGCUUCUGCCGAGUCAUUCACCGACUUCGCUCGUUACUCUGAGCCCCAGCAGAAGCCAUUCGAUCCGUUCACACAGCCGGUGAGCCAGCCGCAGCCGCAGAUCCCUGAGCCGUUUGCCAACCAGGCUCCUGCUCAGCCCACUGCCACCACCGGCAGCGAGUACUCUCCUUUCUACGCUGGCGAGCAGCAGCGUUUCCCCUACUACGGCUCCUACGGCUCUUACGGCCAGUCCCAGGAUACCCCCGCUGGUCCUCGCGCUGCAGCUGGGUUUGGUGUCUCUGGUGCCGAGGCCCAGGCUCAGAUUCCCACCACGCAGCCUCCCAACCGCUACGGCCCUAUUGACGCCACUAACAGCGGACACAACACUCCCAACCCGACCGUCCCCGGCGCCACUCAGCAGACCCCCGCUGCUCAGCAUAUGCCUGGCCAAACUGCGCAGCAGCACGCAUAUGGCUACCAAUACCCUAACUACUACAACAACCCCCACUACGCUUCCUACAUGAACCAGAUGGGCCAGCAGCAGCAACAGCAGCAGCCGCAGUACGGUGGCGGUAACCGCCCGAGGUACGAUGAUGCUCGCCGGUAUGAGGAUCACUACAUGCAGCAGCAGCAGCACAACCAGCAAUACGGCUAUGGUAGCCAGUAUGGUCCCUACGCCGGUAAGGGUGGCAUGUACGGCCAGCCCCACGGUGCUUUCUCCUAUGACCAGCAAUCAUCUUCCCCCGCAAACACCGGUAGCUUCAGCCAGGCCAUGCCCAGCCGCGACUCUGUCUACGGCCGCACUGGAUCUGCCCAGCAGUCCGACAACCAGUCUGCCACUGGUGCCAAUGCAUUUGGUACCGGAAUGUCCGAUGUUUUCAGCCGUUCCCAAGGCAGCUUUGGCCAAAACCCUCCCAUCGCUGGACAGCCCCCCGUUGCCGCUGAUGAGACCAAGGGCUUUGAAGCCCCUAAGGCGGGCGGUCCUAGCCCCUCCCUCGCCCAGAACCGCCCGGGAUCCGCUACCAACAGCGCCCCCGGUCAGCCCCAGGCACAGACUGGUCUCCCCCACUUCAGGUACGGUGGACUCGGAGGACUCGGUCACCAGGGCGCGGCCACCCAGGCUCACCAAGCCUCUGCCUAUGGUAACAACUACGGUGGAAGCUUCGGUACCUACUAUGCAAACACUAACCGUGGCGGCUGGGGUGGCAACUACGGCCACUAA